AUGGCGGAUUUUGGCGAGUAUCCGCCGGAUAUGGUACCACAGGAUGAGCUCGUUGUCCGACAGCAGUCCGCAAAGGACCACGCCGUGGUUGCUUACUCGAGCGAAAGCCUGGCUCGCUCUCAAGCCGGACCAGCAAACCCGUUUAAAGACGAUUCAACUGUUAUGAAGCGCAAAAAUAUUAUGACAGGCCACGCCGAAGAGACAUUUUUGAGUGAGCACACAUUUCGAAGCAAGCACAGAGCGAUCGAGAGGAAGGGCGGGCCGGAACGAGAGCAUCGAAACAGCGCUGCGUUAAAAGCGGAAGCCGCUCAGUUACGUUCCACACGAGAGAGAAAAGGCGAUGCCGCAAUAGCAGAAGGUACAGGAUCAUAUGUUGGGCCCUGGGCCAAGUAUAAUCGCCAGGAGUACGAAACGGUUGAGGAUGGUGAAGAACUCGGCAGUGAUGAAGAAUAUGAGGUUCUGAAUGAUGAAGGGGACGGCGACGACGAUGUGGUUGAGAGCGGAAUGAUUGUUCGAGCACCAGAGGCAGCACUUGCGCGAAGAAAAGAAGUUGCGGAGUUAGGGGAUGAGACUACUACAUUCCAUGGCUCCAACCAAUACGACUACCAAGGAAGGUCGUACAUGCAUAUUCCUCAGGAUCUGGACGUCGACUUGCGCAAAGAACCUGGCAGCACGACAAACUACAUACCAAAGAAGCAGGUCCAUGUCUGGAAAGAUCACACAAAGGCGGUUACUGCGUUAAGGUUUUUUCCUGGGUCAGGGCAUUUACUCCUCUCUGCGAGUGCCGAUACAACUGUACGGAUCCGGGAUGUUUAUCACGACAGGGAGUUGUUACGAACGUACUCGGGUCACUCCAAGGCAAUAUCAGAUGCCUGCUUCAACUAUGUUGGCACACAAUUUCUCUCCGCUUCCUACGAUCGUAUGAUAAAGCUCUGGGAUACCGAAACUGGCGUUUGCAUCAACAAGUUCAGUACGGGCAAGACUCCCCAUGUCAUUAAGUUCAACCCAGAUCCGGAACACUCCAACGAAUUUCUGGCCGGCAUGUCAGACAAGAAGAUUGUUCAAUUUGACAUACGAACGCCCAGCGAGGUUGUUCAAGAGUAUGACCAUCAUCUUGCGGCUAUCAACACUAUAACCUUUGUAGAUCAUAACCGUCGUUUCAUGACCACCUCCGACGAUAAAUCCCUCCGCGCCUGGGACUACAACAUCCCCGUGCCGAUUAAAUACAUCGCUGAACCAGAUAUGUAUCCCAUGACGAAUGCAGCUCCUCACCCCAGUGGGAAGUACGUUGCUUACCAAAGUUCUGAUAACCAAAUUCUGGUGUACGGGGCGAAUGACAAAUUCCGCCAGAAUAGGAAAAAGAGCUACAGAGGGCACAACAAUGCCGGACUGGCUAUAGACCUGGACUGUAGCCCCGAUGGACAGUUCUUAGCGUCGGGGGAUUCGGGGGGAUAUGUGUGCUUUUGGGAUUGGAAGACAUGCAAAAUGUAUCACAAACUAAAGGGUGGUAACCAGGCUGUAACAUGUGUGAAAUGGCACCCGCAGGAGACAAGCAAAGUUGCGACGGCGGGCAUGGAUGGCGAAAUUAGAUACUGGGAUUAG